UACUACGAUUUAGCUAGUAACACUGUAUUGCAGUGUCAAAUACAGAUCGAAGAAACCGGCGAUCGUGCUUCUUUUUUGUAGAAAAAUAUUUUUUUGAUAUUUUAUUUUUGAGAUCAUUAAAUUUAUUACAAAAGACGUGUCAGAUAAAGUUUUAAAUAAUUAUUGACAGUUUACAAUUUUUCGUACCGCACUUUUCUGCUGAAGACUACCGAAAAUUUACCACGUGUACGAGUGCAUGUUGUUCUGUAUAAGUCGCAAGCUACCAGAAUACAUUUUAAAGAAAAAUAACGUGGCCUGCGUCAGCUCGCCGCGAGCCAUUAACCUAACUCGCGUGCACGGGAUCGCUUGAAAAUGGCCAUGAAGACAGAAGGCGAUCUCCGGGAUGGACUGUCGGCUACAGAAAUCUUCGCCAACAGCGAGGGCCUUACGUAUAACGACUAUUUGUUGCUUCCCGGAUACAUAGACUUCACUGCAGAAGAAGUUGAUUUAACGUCCCCGCUCACUAAGAAGAUCAACUUGAAAUCACCCCUGGUUUCUACGCCCAUGGACACUGUGACCGAGGCGGACAUGGCCAUUUCUAUGGCCUUAUGCGGCGGUAUAGGCAUCAUUCAUCACAACUGCACACCUGACUACCAAGCCAAUGAGGUACACAAAGUUAAAAAGUACAAACAUGGCUUCAUCAGAGACCCGGUUUGUAUGGGGCCGGAGAACACUGUGGCCGAUGUCCUGGAGGCUAAGAAGAAGAAUGGAUUUACAGGCUAUCCUAUUACAGAGAAUGGUAAACUAGGUGGCCGACUUAUUGGCAUUGUCACAUCUAGAGACAUUGAUUUCAGGGAGGGAUCGCCACAACUCAGUCUGAAGGAAGUGAUGACGCCUAUACAAGAUAUGAUUACGGCACAGUCAGGAGUCACCCUUCAAGAUGCUAAUUACAUUCUGGAGAAGAGCAAAAAAGGAAAGUUACCUAUUAUUAAUGGAGAUGGUGAGCUUGUAGCCAUUGCAAGAACAGACUUAAAGAAAGCUCGCAGCUAUCCAAACGCUUCAAAAGACUCCAAUAAACAACUGCUGGUGGGAGCUGCUAUUGGUACUAGAGAAGCUGAUAAGAGCCGCCAACUAUUAGUUAACAAUGGGGUAGACGUCAUUGUGCUAGAUUCAUCACAAGGAAACUCAAUAUAUCAAAUAGAGAUGAUAAAAUUCAUUAAGAAAACUUAUCCCAACAUCCAAGUUGUAGGAGGGAAUGUUGUUACCAGAAUGCAGGCAAGAAAUCUUAUUGAUGCUGGAGUUGAUGCUCUAAGGGUUGGAAUGGGAAGUGGUUCUAUUUGCAUAACACAGGAGGUGAUGGCAUGCGGAUGCCCUCAAGCUACAGCUGUAUACCAAGUUGCAUCUUAUGCGAAACAAUUCAAUGUGCCAGUUAUAGCUGAUGGAGGCAUCCAGUCAGUUGGGCACAUCAUAAAAUCCCUCGCCUUAGGAGCAUCAACGGUAAUGAUGGGCUCUCUGCUAGCUGGCACAUCUGAAGCACCCGGAGAAUACUUCUUCUCAGAUGGAGUGAGGCUGAAGAAAUACAGAGGAAUGGGCAGCUUGGAAGCUAUGGAAAAUAAGGAUGGUAAAGGAUCAGCGAUGAGUCGCUACUUCCACAAAGAAUCUGAUAAACACAGAGUCGCCCAGGGAGUGAGUGGCAGCAUAGUGGACAAAGGGUCGGUGCUUCGUUUCCUGCCAUACCUUCAAGCUGGCAUGCAGCACAGUUGCCAGGAUCUUGGUGCACGCUCUGUUGCCAAAUUACGUGAAAUGAGUUAUUCUGGAGAUCUGCGAUUUAUGAAGAGGACAUAUUCUGCUCAACUUGAGGGCAAUGUACAUGGUCUAUUCUCAUAUGAAAAACGGUUAUUUUAGUAUAAAUGGAAUAUUUUAAAACUUUAAAUUGUAUCCCUUAUUUGGCGGUAAAAGAUUUGUAAGUAAUGUUAAUGGAAUCUGCUUUAUUUGUAUAUUGGUCUUUGAGACUAAGAGUAAAGGAAAUUAUUAUAAGGAGAUAUAGUCUUAUUUUUGUUUGUUAGUAUGUAAGUGCUUGGUAAUACGGACCACAAGUGAAAAAUAUAUGAAAUGUAAUAAAUUUUGUGAAACAGUA